CCCUAGUACCCACUCCACACAGAGACCUCCCCGCUCUCAUCUCGUCCUGUCUCACACGGAAGAAAACCAACGAGCAAAAUGCCGCGCCACCUGCUGCAGCAGUCCGUCGACCGCCUCGCCGCACUGGCCGCGCCACCGGCGGCCGCCAUGGCGCACGGCGGGACGAGCGUGCACACGGACACGCUGCUCAUCCUGGCGGCGGUGCUCUGCUUCCUGCUCUGCGUGGUCGGGCUGGCCAUGGUGGCCCGGUGCUCCCGCCUGUGCAACCCCUCCGCCUUCUCCGUCGACGCGCCAGGAGCAGUGGGGGCGCCGUGCAAGGGGAUCAAGAAGAAGGCGCUGCAAGCGCUCCCCACCGUGUCCUGGCGGCCAGAGCAGAGGAAGGAGGCGGACGAGGAGGAGGGGGAGCGGCCGGAGUGCGCCAUCUGCCUGGCGGAGUUCGCGCCCGGCAACGAGGUGCGCGUGCUCCCGACGUGCGGCCACGACUUCCACGCCGCCUGCGUCGACGUCUGGCUACUGUCCAACUCCACCUGCCCCUCCUGCCGGCGCGCCCUCAUCCUCAUCGUCGCGGCCGCCCAGUCGCCGGCAGCCAACGAAUCUCCGACUCCUCAAACGUGCUGUGAGCGCGCCGACGCCGUCGCGGCUGCACAGGCCUCGGUCGUAUGGUAGUAUGCAGUAUGCUCGCAACGUACAUAUAUGACAUACGCACGUAAUAUGGUCGCUUACGUACAUACGUAUUAGAAAAUGCAAACUGUACAGCGUCGCGUGCGAUGAUGCAUCACUUGGUUAGUGUAUGUGACAUUUUCGUCGAUGUGUAAAUACUUGUACGUCACCUUCGGUUAGUUUGGAGAGUUUUUACGGUCUCUCACAAAUACCGG